GGUAGGGUGCGGUAUUUUUUUUUUUUUUUUUACAUCAUAUCUUCAUGAUAAGACGUUGGUUUUACAGGAUGCUCAGACCGUCAAAGACUGUUGUAGUGAUUCUUCAUCUCCUCGUCGUCGUGUAUGACGUUGAGUCGAGAAGUAGCGGGGCGCCGUCCUCGGCGUGCGGCAGUAUGACCCCGUCACACGGCUCCCAGGGCAGAACCGACCAACCGCCCUUCAGUCUAUCCGUGUCCAGCUCGACCUACACCCCGGGCUCAACUAUGACCGUAACUCUUAGACGAGAAGGAUCCGGCACUUUCAAGGGAUUCCUCGUCCAGGUUCGAACUGCUGAUCCUACCAAAGACCAGUCAACUCGCUAUGGACAGUUCUCGGCAGGGUUCAACUCACGUACUGAAUGCUCUGGGGACGCCAUCACCCACGUAAAUAGCAAUGGUAAAACAGAAGUCACUUUUACGUGGACGGCCCCACCCACCGACCAAGGUGACCUUCAGUUCAG